AGUGCAGAGCCAUGCUUGUUACAACGUUGUUAUUGAUGGUGGCACAAAUGGAUGGAUGUCUCUAUUGCUAGCGUCGCCUUCUGCAGCAAUAGCCACUCCAUGAUCGAGUUGGCCUUCCUCGGCAAACUCUCACAACCACCGCUCAUCCAUGGAGGAAGUCGACAUCUCCUCGACGUUGCCUUCUAUGAACAAAGCUCCCAUGAUGGUGCUCCCCUCUCUGGCCACUCUGUUGCCCCACUCGCACUCCCUGACAACAACUUCUAUAGUACUCCCUCCGUUCCAUAUUACUUGUCGCUGAUUUAGUACAAAGUUGUACUAAAUCAGCGACGAGUAAUAUGGAAGGGAGGGAGUAUGAAUAUUGGAAUGAUAUACCAGUAACCGACAAACUGAAACACCAAUGAAAAAGUAACGCUUGAUAUUCUUACUACAGCUGAAAAGUUACAUAUUGUCAGCUAUAUGAUUCUAUAGUACGUAUAAGGACAUUUGUGUGUGAGCUUAAUUACAUAUGAGAGGACCUUCAGAGCAGUUAAAAAACCUUCAUGGUCGGAAAAGAAAAAAAUACAACUGAAUUUCAUCAGCUUGAUCCAUGUAGUUUUGAACUCUACCAAGAGAAUAAGAUGUCAGUAUCCACUGUCAAUAGUUGCAGUGUGGCAAAUAAUUAGUGGUAAGGCAAUUAGUUGGAUGUUCAGAUAUGUAAGCUGAGCUCCUCCUACAGCUUUAUACAUGAUUUAUGUAGAGAAGAACGGCAUGGUACUAAGGCAGUAAUAAGUAAUAUUGAUAUCUUCUCUGCAUAUCAUCUAUAGUAUUUGCAGGUUGCAGGAUGGUUACAUCGGAUUCCCAUGAAAGGUCAAGGAGACGUAGACAAUACUAACGGAAAUAGCUUCAGUUCAGUUCCACUUUGUUUUGCUAACACUUCUAAUUUCUACAGGAUCAUGGAUACCUCUAGUAAACAACUGCUGGGAACCGCGAAAGAUAUCCUGGGUUUUAACCAGCUGAUUCAAAAACCAAGGGGGGCCAGAUUAGAGAUGCUUUAGUUCUGUUCCACUGUAUGUUUCCUGCAUACAGUUCGUAUGCAGCUAUACUACCCUGUGAUUUUGAGAAACACCUUGUACUACACACCUUCAUGAAUGAAAAGCCAAUCUGGCAUUUUCAACAAAAAAAUAACUCUUGGGUUCUAAGGAAACAAUCUAAAUCCAGUAUGUAAUUUGAAGUUCGAAUUUUGUUUUUACUCAACAAUAGUAUCCACUAAAUGUACGCAGUAUAAUUAUGUUUCAAGUAAUAGACAAGCUAUGUAGUAACUAAAUAAAAGAUAUAUAAGUUGUGCCAUAAUGAGAACAAAUAGUCAUACAACAAAUAAUAAUAUCAAACCUAACCCUCUAACUCUUGUCAGCAGCUUGUAUCAAGUUGUGGAAGGCCCGUGUCUGAAUUAUUGGAAGAUAAAACACAUCAAGUCUUAUUACAUAAGAACAUGGAACCAUAAAGAGCAUUUACUCAGGCAUGUUCGCAUGGAUCUGGAGCUUUGCCCGUAAGCUAAUGGUGGACAAAAUUUUAGUAGUGAAAGAAACAAACCAGUGUCAUCCAUAUCCUCAAAUUCCAUAUGAAUCAAAAAGUGAUAAAAAUCCUCGACAACAAGCCAUAUAUUUAGCAUCGAUCAGUGAGCAGCAUCAUAGAAGUGUUAUUGAAGAACUCGGUGAAAAGAUGGCGCGUCCGCUACAUGACCCUCGAUGGCGCGUCCGCUACGCGGCGGAUCUGGAGACCGUCCGCACCGUCGCCUUCCACGACGGCGAGCUCCUUCUUCACAGGGACGCUCUCCGCCUUGUUCUCUAUGACGACACGGGCACGGUGCUGGACGCCCGGGCCCUUCGCGAGCACGAGUUCGUCGACAUCAGGCACAUCGUCGCUUUCCCCUGCUUCUUCGCUAGGGUGCGCGACAGGAUCCCGGACCCCACGGCGUCCCCGCAUCGUGUUGGCGACGAGCACGAACGGCGCGACGUGACAGCUCUCAAGGCAACCCGGGCGGUACACGAUGCGGGGGUGCGACACGGUGUUCCGCCUGAUCCGCCAUGGGUGGAACCCGUGGUAGGGGACGCCGCUGCAAUGGCGGCAGCCAUACAUGUGGACGGCGAUCAAGCACCUCCAGCACGUCACGGGCAUCUGGGCGUGGGUACAAAAGCCAAACCCCAUUCCCCCCUCGACCUAGAUGCCGAUUUCUCCCACUUCUGGACGGCGCCGAGAAACCCUAGAUCCAAUCCACCUGCCUCCUUCUCCUAGUGGAGGGGCAAAAUUGGCAGAGAUCUCAGAUCCUUUGCCGAAAUCACGGCCUCCCCUCCGCGACCACACGAUUCCAUGGCGGACAAGGGCGGGCAAGGAUUCCGUGGCGACCGCCGCGAGGGAUUCGGUGCGGGUCGGGCGGGCCAUGGCGCCGGCUGUUUCGACCGUGGCGGCGGGCGAUUCGACCUGGCGGCGGCGGGUGGUUCUCGUGGCGGCGCGAUGGCUUUGACAACAACACUAGCAAGUCCACCCACUCGGACACGUCUGGCACAUCGCGCUGGGACGCCGCAGCUGCUUCCCAGGAGCGCAUCGACAACAACUCGGAAGGCGUGUGGGUGGAGAAGCACCAGCGAUCCACUAGAUCUGGCGGGGGGAGCAGCCAUCAAGUCAACUCGAUCCCCGCCCGCUCGCUCCUACAGCUGCUAAAACUCCGCCGAGAAAUCAGGUGCUACCUUACAAAUCUGGCGACCCUUCCCCAUAUGCAAAAUCUGCUGGUCAUUUCCCUGUUCGUUGUCCGCAAGCAUUCUGUGAGAGAUGUAAUAAACUGGGUCAUCUUGCUUCUGUUUGCACUGAGUUUCUGCCAUGGGAAUGUAUUGCCCCGAGUGUGCUUUCCAGGCUAGGGGGCAAGGUUUCUUCUAUAUCCAUGACUAUUGUUCUGCUGAGCAAGCUAGAGAGCGUUCAUGCAAUGUCGUCAUCACUGUCUUGAGGGGGAAUCCUACUGUUAAACAGAUGAAUGACACAUUCUUCUUGUAUUUGGGUAAAACUUGGAGGUGUUCUGCUAAGGUGCUGGAACCAGGUGUUUUUCUGAUGAGGUUUCCUAACACUAGAGAGGUGGAGAAAGCCUGCUACAGUGAUCGCAUGACUAUGAAACCAUGCGGUAGUGUAGUCAGAGUUACUCAUUGGAAUCAUGAUGAUGGCGCUAAGGGAAUUCUUGAAAAAGCUUGGGUUAAGGUGGGUAAUAUCCCUAUUGAUAUGAGGUGUGAGAGAAAUGUCGCUUUCGUUGCCUCUCUUGCGGGAGUGCCUCUGGAAAUUGACAUGGCCACUCUGCAUCGACCUGAUUCUGUGAGAGUGAAACUGGGAUGCCGUGAUGUCGAUGAGAUCACUCCAGUGGCUGAGUCAGUCCUGGGGGGGAGUUUCUAUGAUUUCACAUUUUCUGUUGAUCAAGUGCUGGUUAGAGACAACAAAAAAGAGAGCUUCAAAAACAAGACUCCUGCUGAACAGGAAGAACCCUCACCAAAAAGCAGAAGAAAACGGUUGGGGGUGUGGAUCCAAUGGGAAGCUCCUCGGCUGGGGGGACUGUUCUGAGAGAGAAAUUUACAAAGGGGAAUGAUACUGGCCCUUCUGAGUCCCCUCUUUCUGUCAAUUCAAACAGCUCGAACCACGACACUCUCCUGAUCCACUCCAUGGAACAAGAUGCUCUUGCUGAGGCAGGAAAGGAUUAUCAGGGGUGUGCUUCUGAGAUACCUACUCGGUUGGUUGCUAGUCCUAUUGGCAGUGAGAAGAGGACCAAGACUUAUGCUGAAAAAGUUAAGGAGAACAUACAAGUGACUGAAUUGGAAGGGCCUUUUGGAGCCAAUGAUGAUUACAAGGUCGAGUACAGUGUUCAAUCUCCUGACUCAGCUCUUGACUGCUGCGAUGAGGUGAUUCCCACACCUCCACUUGUUUCUGAAAAUGCUCUCAGGUUCAGUUUGAGGACAGCUCGGACCAAUCUGGAGAAAGUGGAGGACAGAGCCAAAGCUGUCAACAAGAAGAGAGAUCUGGAAGGUCUGUUGAAAGGCUCGGAGCGGGAAGAACUGGAGCACGGCGCGCUGCUGCUGAGGGACAACGCCAUGAGGAUGAUGAGGCUGUGCGCAUCAGCUCACACUGAGAGAAGCUCGGAUUGAAGAUUGAACAAGACUGAUCGUGGGAUUCUGGAGCUUUAGUUUGGCGCCUUCUGCUGUGGCGACUUUGUGCCUUUUACCUGUGGUCCUUUUGAGUUGGUCGAUCUCGACUACUUUGUGUUGGUGUUUCUCUGAACUGUAGUCACUUGCUUAAAUGGUGUCUCAGGGUUUUCGCCCCACAGUAGGUGUUUCGAUUGCGAGCAUCUAUGGUGGGUUUCCCUGGGAUGCUUGAACCCGUUUUUUCCCUUUCCCUUUCGUUUUGUUCUGGAACUCGAAGGGGAUUAACCCGGUUCAAAAUAAAAUAAAAUAAAAGUGUUAUUUAUUUGGUU